CCCGAGGUGCCUGCUGCAGGCGCUUCCAGUCAGAAGAACCCUUGUGAGAAGCCAAGAAGAUCUGUGGAAGGUUUCCUCUUACAUUGUGUUUGGAGAGACUCAGAUACACAAAUAGCCACCUGCCACCUGCAUUGAAGCAAGAGCAAUCGCUGCAGCCUGAAGACCAGAUCUAACAUGUGCAGCACCAGUGCGUGUGACCUGGAAGACGUCCCCCUGGAGGAUGAUGACCCAAACAGCAUCGAGUACAAAAUCCUGGCCUUUUACACCAGACACCAUGUGUUCAAGGGCACCUCAACUGUCUUCUCAUCCAAGCUUUCCAGAACAAGAAGUUUGUCCCAGAAAGCUCUGGGGACUUGGUCAGCUGAUUCAUGGACACAGGUGUCAUUACCUUGUAGAAGUUCCCACUCCAGCGAAAAACACAUGAGCCUUGGCAAGAAAAAGUCUUCUUGGAGAACACUCUUCGGAGUAACAGUGAAGGAUGAAGGUCCACAGAGCUCCCCCAAAGAGGUGCAUGCUCAGGACCCCAUAGCCAUGGAGAGCCAGGGCGGCUUCCAUAACCAGUGGACCAGGUUCCUUUCCAAUGUGGACCAGCGCCUGGAGAGUGAAGCUGUGGACCCCAAAGUUGCUUCCAUUGCCAACCGAGUAGCUGAGAUCGUUAACUCUUGGCCACCACCAGAAGACAGCCAUAGCCAGGGAGGAGGCUUCAAGUUCAAAGAGGGUGUUAUACCAGAUAUUCUGUACGUAAAACUUCAAGGUCCUAGAGGUGGAGGUCCUAAGAAAGAUGGAGAAGACCAAAUAAUAGGCAAAAUUGUUGAGCUGCUGAAAUGUUCAGGGGAUCAGUUGGGGAGAGAGCUGAAGAAAGAUAAGGCUUUGAUGAGCACUUUGCAAGACAGCCUGACCUAUCCAGUUUUCAAGACCAUCACAGACAUGUUCCUGAGGGAUGUGGACACCAGAGGAGAAUCAGAAGUCAAAGCUCAGGGCUUCAAGGCUGCCCUUGCAGUAGAUGCCAUGGCCAAGCUCACAGCCAUCGACAACCACCCAAUGAACAGGGUGCUGGGCUUUGGAACCAAGUACCUAAAAGAAUACUUCUCUCCCUGGGUCCAGCAGAACGGUGGAUGGGAAAAAAUAUUUGGGGUAUCAUGUGAAGAAGUAGACUGAAGUUUAUGAAGACUUGUCAGCUGGAAUGUUCCUUGUCCAAUAGUGGGCUGUGUCCUUGGCUCUCAACGUAGAUCUCAGGAGAGAAUUAGGAUGUAUCCAGCAGAUAGAGCCUGGAGGUUUCCAGACCCUUUCUUCCUGUGACUUGAAAGGCAUGGGAGAGGCCUUGCUCUCUCUCUAGCUCUUAGGACAUUGACACUGAGGUUGUUCACUGGGUGUGUGAGGAAGUCUAUUGAGAUAAGUGGUCAUUUUCCCUUUAAGAGCUCUGUAUUGAAAUCAUCCUCUUGCCCAUAGGAGCUACAUUAGAGGAAGUGUAUUAUAGAUGUCUGCCAACCUCAAGAGGGUGAAAGAUAAAUUGUGUUUGUUGCUUACA